AUGGAUGAAAACGAUCCAUAUGGCUGGUACCUGGAGGAACCCGAUAAUAGCGACUGGGAAACUGAUGAUACUCAGCAAAUCAUCAACUCUGAAAUGUAUACCAGAAGCCUACAACCUGAAAAACUGCCGGCUCUACCACCUAUCAAGGAAAUAACAGAUGACAACCUUAAAAGAGAUAGAUCAGAACGUUCAGAUUCGAAGAUGGUGACAAAUACAACAUAUUCCAAUUCCAAUUCAGAUCCUCCUAAUGAGCUUCACGGUAUUAAAAGACAGAGAAAGUGA